GGUCAAUAUUGUAUGACUUCAGACUGGAUGCACUGGAAACAUAGUUGUUAUAUUUCGCUGCCCGAUCCAUCGAAGGCUACAUUCGAUGAAUCCAGAAAGAUUUGCCUAGACAAGGGUGCUGAUGUGGUUGUUAUUGAAACAGAAGAAGAACACGUGAUCAUAAAUGAGUUAGCAACUCCGUUUAAAGAGGAAUAUGACUACACGUGCGUUUGGAUUGGACUAGUUAGAGACAUUACUCUCGAAUUUGUUACUGAUUUUGUUUGGGUCAAUGGAAAGCAUCCAACCUGGACAUUCUGGAAUGCUGGCGAACCCAAUGGAAUGGGAUACAAUUCGCAUGAAGAAUGCACUAUUACAGUACCCGAGGGCUGGAUAGACAUUACAUGCUAUUGGCCAUACGCAUUUGCCAUCUGUGAAAAAGGUAUCAGUGUUCUUGUAAUUGUUAUUUCACUGUCAUUGUUAUUAUUACCGUUGAUGUUGUUGCUGUCAUUAUAA